AUGGAUACCAGUAGCAGCGACGAUGAGCUUGUGCUCUUAUGCCUAGAGAGGAGGAAAAAAAAGAGAGAUUUCUGGGUCCACCCGCUGUUGCAGCGAAGGCAACAGCAGGGUGAAUACCAUAACCUGGUCCAGGAACUGAAACUAUAUGCUGGCCGAUUCAAACAGUAUUUUCGCAUGUCUGUAUCCGAGUUUGAGGCCCUAUUGCUGAUCGUGGCACCUCAUCUAGAAAAACAACGGACCAAUUACAGGGUGCCAAUCGACCCAGAACAACGCCUGGCUGUAUGCUUGAGAUUCCUGAGUACUGGGGACUCCUACUCCACCAUUGCAAAUAGUUUUAGGCUAGGGAAAUCAACAGUGGGGAAAAUCAUAGUAGAAGCCUGCGAGGUGUUAUGGGAGCAGCUGGUGGGGAAUUGCAUGCCUCAGCCAACAGAGGACUUGUGGAGAGGAGUGGCCUCUGGAUUCCAGAAGAGGUGGAAUUUUCCAAAUUGUAUUGGCGCUAUAGAUGGCAAACAUGUAUUAAUCAAGAAGCCUGCGAAGUCUGGAAGUCUGUACUACAAUUACAAAGGGUUUUAUUCAGUGGUCCUGUUGGCUCUCGUGGACCACAACUGCAAUUUCAUCGCAGUGGAUGUGGGAGGAUACGGGAGCAACAGUGACGGGGGUAUUUUUGACAAUUCGAAGAUGGGGAAGCGGCUGAAGAAAGCGGAGUUCCAUGUACCACCACCCGCCCCCUUGCCCAGAGCUCCACAGCUGGGAAGUCUGCCCCACACCAUCGUGGCAGACGAUGCCUUCCCCCUGAAGCAGUACAUAAUGAAGCCCUACCCUGGAAGACACCUGCCUGAAGACAGGCGCAUCUUCAACUACAGGCUGUCCAGGGCAAGGCGUACAGUGGAAAAUGCCUUUGGCAUUUUAGUGCACAAAUGGCGCGUGUACGACCGGAAAAUUCCGAUGGAGGUUGAUAAUGUGGAUAAGGUGAUCAAGGCCACUUGUGUCCUGACCAAUUACAUUCGCCAAGGGGCGGGUGAUGAGGAUGACAGGCAAAGCCAUGGAGUCGGGGAUGACAGGCAAAGCCAUGGAGACGGAGACAGAGUGGAAGGGGGUGCAAUGCCUAGGCUUGACAGGCUCCGGGGACAUCGCCGUCCUCUGCAGGCCAUGAGAAACAGAGACAUUCUGUGCCAGUUUUUCAACUCACCUGAAGGUGAAGUCCCCUGGCAGUACCAGAGGGUGCGCCGAGGGAUCGAAAUUUAG